ACUUGUCAUAGUUUUUAUUAUCCAAUUUUACGAGUUCUUAUCAUCUCAUCACAAAUCUUAAUUUUUAUUUUGAUAGUCUUGAUCAGUCUUGAUAAUGGAAUGAGGUUAUUGUAAUACGAAAAAAAAGUAUAAAUACAAUAAAAUAAAUAACACUGUACAAUGCUUGCGAGAAGCGGUAGAGUUAUUACUUAUACGCUACGGUUAGGAAGUAAGCAGUUAACACAGGCUAAUUAUGUAACAAAAGCACCAAAGCCAGAAAUUCCUAAAAAUUCUUUAGCAUCAGUGUACUCUGCUGAUAAUCAAAAAGACAAUGGCAUUGUUUAUGAUCGGAAACCCUUUAAGCUAAACCUGGAGGAAGGGAAGACAUACCACUGGUGCUUAUGUGGCCGCUCCAAAUCUCAGCCACUGUGCGAUGGCACUCACAGAGAUGUAUAUUUAAAAAUAACACAAAGGCCUAUCAGGUUCAAGGUUGAUAAAACAAAGGAGUACUGGCUGUGCAACUGUAAACAGACUAAAAAUCGUCCAUUUUGUGAUGGUACUCACAAGCAGAAGGAAAUACAAGAGGCUACUACUAUUAAAGUUUAGCAUGGUCAUACAGUGUGUUAGAAUUUAGGACUAACAUUGUUUUAGGUUCAUAUUUAUAGGAAAUAUAUCUUAAAACAUCCGA